AUGUUCCCCCUGUUCGCUCUGGCAUUGAAUCUUCCAGAGGACUACUUCGAUGAUAAGGUGAAAUCAACAGUUCUGGUGGACGACCGCGUCAUCGGUAUCGGCGCACACACCGAUGUUACGUCUGCAGUUUUGAGAACCCGGCAUCCAGGCCUUGCAAGUUCUGAACAAGCAGAAGCAGUGGAUAGAGGCACCGCCCAUUUCCGGCACACUGGUCAUCAAGUAUUUUCCGAACUCUCCCUUGGCGCCCCUCUGCUCACAUCGAAUUACAUCAGCCUCGGUGACCAAUUUGCUCGGUGGACGAGUGGGUCAUCGGAAGAAGUUCUGCGUUGAACAGAACCAGCUGACACUUGUGCAGACGAUGUCUUCAAAUCGACCGUGCAUCGUGCGAUAAACCGCAGUGGCGUCUGUCGCUACUCAAUCCCGCUCUUCUUUCGC